UUGGGCUGUCACUUUCACUGCAGCCAAAACAAGGAAGUAAAGUAGUGGUCUAGAUAGGAAAGUUCAUCUAUGUCACCCUUUCAACUUGCCUAGAUGCAACAUGAUUUGUCUAUCACUAUGAUGAAUCAGUAGAAAAAUAACUUUGAACGAAGUUGGCUAAACCGCGCUAGCUAUCUACGCAUGCCACGGUAGUUAAACGAAUCCUGCCUGGUCGUCACAAGACCACGGGGCAUGUGAUAUCGAUCAGACCGGAGAUUUUAAAUUAGCUAGAAGCGAGCUAGCUGGGCUGAGAACAUUUUCUCUACACUGAUGAUGUAGCAAGCCAUUAGUCUAGGUCGCUCGCCGUCUCGGUAGCUCCCUUUCUGAACAUAUAUUUUGGUGAGUAGUUAGCUUGGAAACGACGCAGAGAUGGUUCACGUGUAUAACUGCCACCCUUUCGCGUCCCAGCAAAUCGUCCCCACCGAGCAGGAACCGGGGCCGGUGUGUUGUGGCGGCGGUGCCCUUUUCGUUGUGUCCGCCGGUGGAUGCAAGAUCGAGGCAUAUGAUAUGGGAGCAGACGGUUGUCCGCUGAUCUGCCGUUUCGCCACCAUGGGAACCGUGCAAAGCAUUUUGCACAGCCAGAUCGGAGACUACCUGGUGACAAUCGAAGAGAAGAACAGUGCCACCUACCUCCGUGCUUACACCAACUGGCGCUACCAGGCAGCCGAGAAGACCCGCGUAGGGGUUCGUCUGCUGGGCCACUUCCUGCGAGGCUCCUCCCUGCGCGGAGCUCCGAAGGAGCAGAUGGAGAUCAUCGAGAUCCCCCUGUUUGAGCGUCCGCAGUGCGUAGCCUGCUGCAGGCUCACCGGAGACCUGCUGGUGGGCUGUCCCAAGACCCUGGUCCUCUUCUCCCUGCGCAGGCAGUCCAUCAACGCCAGGCCGGCCAUCUUGGACUUUGAGCGUUGCCUCAUCCUGCACCUCCCCGGUCUCUCCCCCGCUCAGGUGGCGUUGUGCUCAGGCUACGUGGCUGUCCAAACUGAACUGGAGGUGCUGGUGAUGAAGCUGGAGAAGCUGUCUGGCCCUCAACCCUACAAGUCCGGUGACCACGCACAGGAACACUCCCUAGUCCCCAAGGAUAUGGUGACCGGAGACUCCCUGGACGCAGAGGGGAGGUCAGGAGAGGGGGCGGAGCAGGAAGGCUUCUUCAUGUUCCCCAGACACCAGGAGCUACUGGGGGACAGAGCCAGGGAUUGUGGCCUGGUGGUCACUCUGGAGUACACGGGCAUGGAAGCCGAGGCCAAGGGCAGCUUCACCAUCUCCUACCUCCUCUACAGGCGUUUCGCCCCAGAUUUCUUCCAGGGCUGCACAGUGGAGGAGACACGCCUGCACUCGCUCCAGCUCCUGCCGGUGUUCUCCAGCAGAAACCAGGAAAUCUCCGACGAGGGGGAGAAAGGGGCGGAGCCGACUUGUGUGUUCUGUUUCUUCUCGCUGCCCAACACUGGCUACGUGUACAGCGUGAGGGGCGGGGUCGAGCUGGUCUCCACCUAUCAGUAUCCAGAGAAGGCUCAACAGGCGGUGCUGACUGACGUCUUCCUGCACGUCAUCACCAAGAACGCCCUGCAGUGUUUCUCGGUACGCUGUGCGUCAGUGGCGGCUAGAGCGGAGGACCCCUACAUCGACACCACCAUGAAGGCCUGCCCACCAGCCACCAUGGAGGUGUGCGCUCUCCGGAUCCAGCUCUUCAUUGGCCUGAAGGCUCUGUAUCACGACGGCCAUCACAUCGCCCUGGUAACCGCGGCCGACAUAGAGAACCCGGAGAACGCAGAGCGUGCGGCACGGCGGAACACCGAAUCGAAAGACCACAGAACACUGACAGGCAUCCUCCUAGCGGUAGGUAUAGAGCCCUCCACCACGCCUGCUCUGGAGAGCUUCCUGUCCCGCCCCUUCCUAACCAGGAAGUCAUCCUACUCCAAGCCCAAGGAGCCCACUGAGGAGAGUCACGGAUGGAACCUGUACGUCAUCGACACCGUUCCCCCUCUCCAACUGUACCACGAAAUGGUGGAGUAUAGUAAGCGCUACGAGGAGACCAACCCCCAGUCCCAGAGCUGUCUGCACCUGCUGAGCGAGGCUCACCUGCUGCUGAGAGCCAAGCUGCUGGACCCCCUGCUGGGGAACCCUGUCCCUCCGCCCCCCAGCACGGAGCCAGACAGGCCCGCAGAUGGAGCCCCAGACAGCCAGACUCUCAAGGGGGCCUUCAGGGAGAGCUGUGCCCAGCUAGGAGACUGCUUCAGCAGGUAUGUGCAGAGGGACUGCCACCUGGCCCUGCCCUACUAUAAGAUGUCGGGCCUGUCAGUGAACGAGGUAAUGGGGAGGAACCGACCCCAACCUGGCAACCCUGCCGGCUACGGCAAGGGCUUCCUGUUCUACCUCAAACACUCGCUGUACGAGGACACGGCUGAGGAGCUGAACCAGGAGACAGCCGACGAGGUGCUGCAGGUGUUCAACAGGACGGAGGCCUCCCAGCUGCCCCGCGUCUGUGCCAGCCCAGCGCUGGUGAACGCCAGCCCGGCCGCGGCCCUCGCCCACCUGGACCGCCUGGAGGCCACCGCCGGGCCCUCGGUGCCCCUCACCCUCUCCAAGGCUGCUUUCGCCCUCCGCAUGGGCAACCUGCCCCUCUACACGCAUCACAUGGGCCGGCACGCAGAGAUGCUGCAGGUGUACGGCUUCAUCGAGGAGCCCCAGCUGCUGUUGCACGCCCGCGGCCAGCAGGUGGCGCCCACGCCCCUGGCUCGUCACCUGAGGGGGAGCCAGGACGGCCUGCUGGUGGCCGCCCUGGUGGCCCUGCACGAGAACAACAAGCUCAGACUGGACCAAGCCGACCUCCUCUUCCAGGAGCUGUGUCCGGGCCAGACGGACGUCCAGGCCAGCCCUCAGCUCCUCGUGGACUUCUGGGAGGCUCUGCUCAUGGCCUCGUCACAGGAAGCUGUCAUCCAGGAGCUGCUGUUCCGUCUGGCCUCCGUCUACAUCGACCGCCUCGCGCGCCGCCAUCCUCACGCCGGCCAGCCGCUGAAGACCGCAGAGGACCUGAUCAACUCGUGUUCUCACUACGGCGUGUUGUAUCCCUGGGUGAGCAUCCUGACUCCAGCUCAGUUCAACAUCGCCCACGACCACACGGAAGACCUGCAGAAACUACAGUCGCUCCUGUGCGGCCCUUCCCUGGACGCGUCGUCCGUCCUCCCCCUGCUGGAUCAGCUGAGCCAGGACGACCAGGCGGGUCUGAGCGUGCACGUGCUCUGUGCCACCAGGCGGGGGCGCUACGAGAGCUCCCUCCAGCACCUGCUGGACCGCUGCCCCCAGGCCAUCGUCCCCUACGCCAACCACGAGCUGCAGGACGCUCACAUGGCCCUGUGGUGGCAGAAGCUGUUACCUGAGCUGUGUGAGAGGACCAGAGCCUCCGGAGGACAGAACAGCAUCUUACUGGCCGCUCUCAAAGAGACCCUGGUGGUGGUUUCCAUGGAGCUGAGUCCUCUGGAGUUCUUGGAUCUGAUGCCUGACGACGGGACGGCCCAGUUCUUCCUGCCUCACCUGCUGGAGUGCAGCCAGAGGAAGCUGCUCACCUGAGGGGGUGGGGCCUAAGAGGGGGCGUGGCCUAUGGGAGGAAGCACUCAAAUGGACAUGAUGGCAGGAGAAGAUGAAAGAGUAGAGACCUACCAAUGGGUUUGUCUGGAUGUCGUUCCACUGAUGGCUGUGCACCUAUCAGGUGUGCUUGUACUACAGCUACCCCAUAGAGGUGAUGGGUGAUGGGGUACUGGGCUGUCUGGGUCUCAACCAGGACCAUGUGCUCAACUACUGACUGAUCUGGACUGCUCUGGACAAUCACUCUCUUACAGAAUCAGGAAGAUUACUAAAUACUACUGAUUAUAUACACACACACACGAGGAGUCUACUCAACAUAGCUGUAGCUAACUGGAUACUAUAAAUAUUUAUGCUGCAUGAAAAGGCUGUAUUCAUCGUCAAUGAAACAAUGGCCGUUAAAUGUUGUCUUUGUGAAAUAAAUUAUGAGAAGUAUUGGAGAGGUUCUUUUUCGAAAAGUUUAGU